AAGACCCCCUGCUGUAACAAUUUUUCCUUCCAGCGAGAAGGGAACUUCGCAAACGCACUCGGCCCGUGAAAUACGUAGAAGAUGAGGGCGUCCCCAGCGCGAAGAAGCCAAAAAGGACCCGAUCGAAAAAACAAGGCGCAACGGGUGGAGGAAGUACUCCUGGGCAGAGCAAUCGCGGGCAGCUGCAGCCGCUUAUGGAGAAGGCGCCAGUUGAGAUCGUUCUUGAGAUUUGCUCUCACCUCGACCCUCGUGAUCUUCUUCACGUUGCGCGGUCUGCGAAAAUCUUUGCACGAUCCCUCCUGGGGUCGAGCGCUGCCGGUGUGUGGAAAGCGGCUCGGAAGAAGUGUGAACCGGAUUUGCCCCCGAUCCACCCUGACCUUACGGAACAGAAGUAUGCCCUUCUGGGCUUCGGAUCUCACUGCCAGAACUGCGGGACCCCUACGCGUUCGGCUGUCAACUGGUACCUGCGAAAACGAUGGUGUCUUAGGUGUCAGAGCGAGACGCUUGAUUCGAAGUACUGCCACCUACCCAUACCUUGGGUAAGCAUUCGCGGGCACCCGAAACACGAUCUUAUUGUUUACCAAGCAAGGCUUUCCGGUUCUGGGGGUCGCGAUCAGAGAAGAGAUUGCCGGGACACUUGUCCUGUCAGCGAGCUUGAAGCCUUGGAGUGGAAGGCACAGGAAUUCUCCGAUGCGGAAUGGGAUGCAUACGUUGCAGCCCAAAAACAAAAAAAGAAGGCAUUGCAAGAGCAUGCAAGGCUGUGUACAGAAUGGACCAAAAAGCGCAUUUCUGAUCACCAAGCUGAAUUAUAUGCUCUUCGCUGUGAGCGCGAGGAAGCUGUAAAGUCGAGAUUAGAGGGGAUUGGAUAUUCCAUUGGACUCAUUGACCUCGCAAUCGACAGCGGAUUCACAGGACUCGGGCUGUCUAAACCCUUGACUGAUAAGGGUGAGCCAUCCGUGACCCUGAUCGCUGGCUGACCGAAAUUGUUCGCUGCAGAAUGGGCGGGGACGAAAAAACAUGCCAUCAGGACGAUCGAACAUUGCGAGAAAAAUUACCUGGAAAUGUUUCCUUACAAAGCAAGGGACCUCAUUGUCG